AUGAUUCUCGAGAUUUUGUUUUUAAAAUUUGUCCUAUUCGGGGAUAAAGUGCUGGGUGAUAGUGGCGAGAAAAUCGUUUGUUGCCACAACACGUCACUGCCACCGUAUCAGCCAAAUGUUUAUCUGUGCGAUACGACGUCGACUUGUUGUCAAUAUCGAGGGCAACCAGCUUGUUGCUUGGCUGAUGUACAAUUUUGGGCACUAAUGCAACAAGCGAUCCCUUUCGCCUUGUUGACCUUCAUCUGUCUCGGCAUCGCACUCUGCAUCCAUUGGUACUUCAACGAUCAAGAUCCGGAUUUUGAGGAGAACCUCUUCGACUUCAGCGGUCAAAAGGAGCAAGCGAACACCUUUGCAUUCCCGCCGCUUGGCGAGAAUUUGGUGGCAGAUCCGAUCUUCGGCAAUGUUUAUUAUGAGGAAACACUAAAAUACGCAAAUGCCUCAAAUAUCUCCAACAACUUUGGCUAUUUCGAUCAAGAUUUCAACGAUGACAAGAAAUUCCAC